CUUAUUUGAUGGCAUAAUUGGAAGAUUAUUUUGAUAGAUAAAGUCAUGUACCAUAAGAAGUUACUAGAUCUUUAAGAUUAAUUAAAGAAUUGGAUGAGAAAGUUACGAAAAUUCAACUAAAAUUAACCUUAUUAAAAAAACAAUACAAAUAACAGUAAUCUGAGAAAACAAAAUAGGAAAUAGAUUAGUUAUACGAAGAAAGUGUAAAUUUAUCUUAAGAAAAAAUAAACAUAAGUGAUAAAGUCUAUGAAGUAGUUGAUAAUGCUGUUUAAGUAAUUAAUACAAAUAAUAAUAGUAAUUAGAUAAUGAUUUAAAGAAGUUUGAAGAGAAUCUAAAAUCAAGUAUGGCACCUGAUCAUAAAAGAAGGUUUUUAAUCUUGAGUAAAUAUUAAAAAGAGAAAAGAAAGAAAAUUAAUCAAGAAAUUGAAUAAAGCAAAGAAAUAUUUUAGAAUGCAAGUUAAAGUGAACCAUUAUAUUGUAUAUGUUAAAAGCCAUCUUUUGGAUAAAUGGUUAUGUGUGAUAAUCAAUUAUGUUCAAAAGAAUGGUUUCAUCUAGAAUGUGUUAAAUUAAAAGAUUUCCCUCCUGAGAAUGAACCUUGGUUUUGUUCUACAGAAUGUCGGAAAGAAGGAAAAGGACGUAUGAAGAAAUGA